UGUGCUUUGCCAUUUUCGGCUUUUUGACAAGAGCUCCGGUUUUCUUUUCUUCUCUUCCGUGUGCUUCCUUGUUUGUUUGUUUUGUUUGUUUAUUUGUUUGUUUUAAAUCAACAUAACUUUUUUUAAAUUAGAGUUCGCUUCUGAAGCGGAACAUCAUUAUUGUACUGUUUGUAGAAAGGUUUAAAAUCUUUAGUUAUAAACCGUAGGUGUAAAUUAAGAUAGUUGGUCGAAUCGGUGUUAGCGGUUUGCUAGCGGCUUUGUUAGCAUUGCGGAGGGGGUUAGCAUAGCGCCUAGCCUAGCCUAGUUUAGCUAGCACUUUCAUUAACACUGUGAAUGAAAGUAAUUGAGGAGACAGUAUAUUUGUGUUUAGGAGAAAGCCAGGUUAGUAAAAGAGCUUUGAAAUAGUUUCAGUGAUCUUGUGAGUUCCUGAACGAUACUUAGGGAUAGGAGUGUGUGUGUGUUAAGGUGUGUGUGUGUGUGUUAAGGUGUGUAUGUGUGUGUGUGUAUGUGUGUGUGUUAAGGUGUGUGUGUGCUUGGUUCACUCACUGAACAUCCUUACAAACUUGAUUGUACAACACGGAGCAGCUCAGCGAGCUCAGUAUGAGUUAUAAACCCAUCGCUCCAGCUCCUGCAGGCUCCAAUCACACACCUCCAGGGUCGUGCGGCUCGUCUCCGUCUCUGCCCUCGGCCUCCACCUUCAGACCAGUGUUCAGCGACUUCGGUCCACCAUCCAUGGGCUUUGUACAGCCUGUGAAAGUGUCUCAGGGCUCCACCUACAGCGAGCUGCUGUCUGUUAUAGAGGAGAUGAGUCGAGAGAUCAGGCCCACGUACGCCGGCAGUAAAAGUGCUAUGGAGAGAUUGAAAAGAGGAAUCAUCCACGCCCGAGCUCUAGUGAGAGAGUGUCUAGCUGAAACUGAGCGCAGCGCUCGCACAUAACACACACUCACACACACACACACACACACACCACUCUAUCUCUCUCUUAUUCACACACACGCACACAGAGACACACACACUUUUACACACCUCUGUUCCACAUAAUUACUUUUGUAAUUUCAAACUUUUUGCAGUUCUGUAUUUAAAAUGCGAAAAACACAAUAAAAAUCCGGUUUUACAAUUAA